AUGGUAGUGAAAAUAAGCGAUGAAUGUCCAGUGUAUGCAUCAUUUUUUGGUUUCGCUGCUAUUGGUGCAGCUUAUGGGACUUCAAAAGCUGGAAUUGGAAUAGCAGGUGCAGGAACUUUUAGACCCGAACUUAUUAUGAAGUCGCUCCUUCCUGUUGUUAUGGCUGGUAUAAUUGCGGUUUAUGGUCUUGUAAUGUCCGUUAUAAUAGCCGGAACAUUGGAUCCAACAAAAUCGUAUUCUCUAUUUACUGGAUUUAUUCAACUUGGAUCUGGCCUUUCAGUAGGCCUUGCGGGCUUAGCUGCGGGGUACUCAAUAGGAAUUGUUGGUGAUGCUUGUGUUAGAGCUCAUGCACAACAAACAAAACUUUUCGUAACGAUGGUUUUAAUGUUGAUCUUUGCCGAAGUAUUAGGACUUUAUGGAUUAAUUGUUGGUCUAAUUCUUAAUACCAAGGCUAAUAAUACUUGUUAA